AAUCUGAAUAGUCUGGCAGCUCUAAGCCAAUGUCAGAGCGCAACGGCUUCCUGUUAGAUUUCUUUGACAGCGCUCUUUCUACCAUUUGACAGCAACUGAGUGACAAUGGCAGUCCGCUACGAGCUGUGUAUUGGUCUCAACAGGGGCCACAAGACCACCAAAGUCAAGAAUGUCAAGUAUACCGGCGACAAGAAGGUCAAGGGUCUGCGUGGCUCCCGUUUGAAGAACAUUCAAACCCGCCACACAAAAUUCACUCGCGAUCUGGUUCGUGAGGUGGUUGGACAUGCGCCCUACGAGAAGCGCACCAUGGAAUUGUUGAAGGUGUCCAAGGAUAAGCGCGCCCUCAAGUUCCUGAAGCGCCGCUUGGGCACACACAUCCGUGCCAAGAGGAAGCGUGAGGAACUGUCCAACAUUCUCACUCAGCUCAGGAAGGCUCAUGCCAAGUAAAAACCUUGGCAAACAACAACAGCAGCAGCAAAUAACAUCAAUCGGUACACUUGAAAACAUCAACGGUGUUUUUUUUUUUAUAAAUAAAUGUUGUGCAGUGUUAACAGCAUUUGCUAAAACGUGUAAAGAAGAAAACUGAACAGUCGAUGAAGCCACAAUUAAAAAACAAAUUAUAAUAAUUA